ACAACUGAAACAUCAACAGACACCACAACCCCUGAAACCGGGUCAACAACUGAAACAUCAACAGACACCACAACCCCUGAAACCGGGUCAACAACUGAAACAUCAACAGACACCACAACCCCUGAAACCGGGUCAACAACUGAAACAUCAACAGACACCACAACCCCUGAAACCGGGUCAACAACUGAAACAUCAACAGACACCACAACCCCUGAAACCGGGUCAACAACUGAAACAUCAACAGACACCACAACCCCUGAAACCACAACAACAACCGAAACAUCAACAGACACCACAACCCCUGAAACCUCAACAACAACCCAAACUUCAACAGACACCACAACCCCUGAAACCGGGUCAACAACUGAAACAUCAACAGACACCACAACCCCUGAAACCGGGUCAACAACCACCGAAACAUCAACAGACACCACAACCCCUGAAACCGCAACAACCACCGAAACAUCAACAGACACCACAACCCCUGAAACAGCAACGACAACCCAAACAUCAACAGACACCACAACCCCUGAAACCGCAACAACAACCCAAACAUCAACAGACACCACAACCCCUGUAACCGGGUCAACAACUGAAACAUCAACAGACACCAAAACCCCUGAAACCACAACAACUGAAACAUCAACAGACACCACAACCCCUGAAACCGCAACAACAACCCAAACAUCAACAGACACCACAACCCCUGAAACCGCAACAACAACCCAAACAUCAACAGACACCACAACCCCUGAAACCGGGUCAACAACUGAAACAUCAACAGACACCACAACCCCUGAAACCGGGUCAACAACCACCGAAACAUCAACAGACACCACAACCCCUGAAACCGCAACAACCACCGAAACAUCAACAGACACCACAACCCCUGAAACCGGGUCAACAACUGAAACAUCAACAGACACCACAACCCCUGAAACCGCAACAACAACCCAAACAUCAACAGACACCACAACCCCUGUAACCGGGUCAACAACUGAAACAUCAACAGACACCACAACCCCUGAAACCACAACAACUGAAACAUCAACAGACACCACAACCCCUGAAACCGCAACAACAACCCAAACAUCAACAGACACCACAACCCCUGAAACCGCAACAACAACCCAAACAUCAACAGACACCACAACCCCUGAAACCGGGUCAACAACUGAAACAUCAACAGACACCACAACCCCUGAAACCGCAACAACCACCGAAACAUCAACAGACACCACAACCCCUGAAACCGCAACAACCACCGAAACAUCAACAGACACCACAACCCCUGAAACCGCAACAACCACUGAAACAUCAACAGACACCACAACCCCUGAAACCGGGUCAACAACUGAAACAUCAACAGACACCACAACCCCUGAAACCGCAACAACAACCCAAACAUCAACAGACACCACAACCCCUGUAACCGGGUCAACAACUGAAACAUCAACAGACACCACAACCCCUGAAACCACAACAACUGAAACAUCAACAGACACCACAACCCCUGAAACCGCAACAACAACCCAAACAUCAACAGACACCACAACCCCUGAAACCGCAACAACAACCCAAACAUCAACAGACACCACAACCCCUGAAACCGGGUCAACAACUGAAACAUCAACAGACACCACAACCCCUGAAACCGCAACAACUGAAACAUCAACAGACACCACAACCCCUGCAACCGCAACAACAACCCAAACAUCAACAGACACCACAACCCCUGAAACCGGGUCAACAACUGAAACAUCAACAGACACCACAACCCCUGAAACCGCAACAACUGAAACAUCAACAGACACCACAACCCCUGCAACCGCAACAACAACCCAAACAUCAACAGACACCACAACCCCUGAAACCGCAACAACAACCCAAACAUCAACAGACACCACAACCCCUGAAACCGGGUCAACAACUGAAACAUCAACAGACACCACAACCCCUGAAACCGCAACAACAACCCAAACAUCAACAGACACCACAACCCCUGAAACCGCAACAACAACCCAAACAUCAACAGACACCACAACAACUGAAACCGCAACAACAACCCAAACAUCAACAGACACCACAACAACUGAAACCGCAACAACAACCCAAACAUCAACAGACACCACAACCCCUGAAACCGCAACAACAACCCAAACAUCAACAGACACCACAACCCCUGAAACCGCAACAACAACCCAAACAUCAACAGACACCACAACCCCUGAAACCGGGUCAACAACUGAAACAUCAACAGACACCACAACCCCUGCAACCGCAACAACAACCCAAACAUCAACAGACACCACAACCCCUGAAACCGCAACAACAACCCAAACAUCAACAGACACCACAACCCCUGAAACCGGGUCAACAACUGAAACAUCAACAGACACCACAACCCCUGAAACCGCAACAACUGAAACAUCAACAGACACCACAACCCCUGCAACCGCAACAACAACCCAAACAUCAACAGACACCACAACCCCUGAAACCGCAACAACCCAAACAUCAACAGACACCACAACAACUGAAACCGCAACAACCGAAACAUCAACAGACACCACAACCCCUGAAACCGCAACAACAACCCAAACAUCAACAGACACCACAACCCCUGAAACCGGGUCAACAACCCAAACAUCAACAGACACCACAACCCCGGAAACCGCAACAACAACCCAAACAUCAACAGACACCACAACAACUGAAACCGCAACAACCCAAACAUCAACAGACACCACAACCCCUGAAACCGCAACAACCCAAACAUCAACAGACACCACAACCCCUGAAACCGCAACAACAACCCAAACAUCAACAGACACCACAACAACUGAAACCGCAACAACCCAAACAUCAACAGACACCACAACCCCUGAAACAGCAACAACAACUGAAACAUCAACAGACACCACAACCCCUGAAACCGCAACAACAACCCAAACAUCAACAGACAUCACAACAACUGAAACCGCAACAACCCAAACAUCAACAGACACCACAACCCCUGAAACCGGGUCAACAACUGAAACAUCAACAGACACCACAACCCCUGAAACCACGACAACAACUCAAACAUCAACAGACACCACAACCCCUGAACCCGCAACAACCCAAACAUCAACAGACACCACAACCCCUGAAACCGCAACAACAACCCAAACAUCAACAGACACCACAACAACUGAAACCGCAACAACCCCAACAUCAACAGACACCACAACCCCUGAAACCGGGUCAACAACUGAAACAUCAACAGACACCACAACCCCUGAAACCACGACAACAACUCAAACAUCAACAGACACCACAACCCCUGAAACAGCAACAACAACCCAAACAUCAACAGACACCACAACAACUGAAACCGCAACAACCCAAACAUCAACAGACACUACAACCCCUGAAACUGCAGCAACUGAAACAUCAUCAGUUCGUGUUAGCUUUUCCAGCAAUGAAAAUUUUGAUUCACAACUGUUAAAUACAUCUUCUGAUGCAUUUAUUAACAGAAAGAAUCUAACUGAAAAAGAGUUUUCGCGAAUCUUUAAAACGGAAUUCAAUGAUACCUUCAUUGCAUUGACAGUUAUUUCAUUCAGUCAUGGAUCAAUCAUCACUGCUAUGGAGGCAACAUUUAAAAACUUAAGUAAACAUUUACCCAUUGAUGUGAGGAUAACCGAUAUUAUUACAAAGAGUAACACCUCUUUUAACAUCUCCAGUGUAAACGUAACAAUCAUAACCAGUCCUACUUCAACCACCACAACCAUUCCGACUACAACCACAACCAGUCCUACUACAACUACAACUACAACCAGUCCUACUACAACUACAACCAGUCCUACUACAACUACAACCAAUCCUACUACAACUACAACUACAACCAGUCCUACUACAACUACAACCAAUCCUACUACAACUACAACCACAACCAGUCCUACUACAACCACAACCAGUCCUACUACAACCACAACCAGUCCUACUACAACUACAACCACAACCAGUCCUACUACAACUACAACUACAACCAGUCCAACCACAACUACAACCAGUCCAACCACAACUACAGCCAAACCAACCACCACACAAACAACAAUAACGCCCACCACCACAACCACACUACCACCAUAUCCUCAGUUAACAGUAGCCUUACAGGUUGUCAUUAAAGUGGAAUUUGUUCCAUCGCUUCAGAAUUCAACAAGUCCAGAAUUUAUUACCCUAGCCACAAAGAUAGAAGCUGAGUUUAACAUAGUCUACAAAUCAAAGUAUGGGGAUCUUUUCAUCAAGACCAAUGUGGUUGCUUUCACAGAUGUUUCCAAAACCAGGGCAGAUGUACAGGCGGAUGUACAGGUAGAUGUUAAGUUAGUGUUUAAUGAAACAUCAACGGAACCCAUCCCCAGCAGCAAUGCCAUUGUGGAGACUCUGAAAGAAGCAGUUACAGCUCAAAACUCAACCUUUAACCUGGCAGUUGAUACCAACACUAUUACUGUCGUUACCACAACUACAGCCAAACCAACCACCACACAAACAACAACAACAACAACAAUAACGCCCACCACCACCACCACACAACCACAUCCUCAGCCAACAGUAGCCUUACAGGUUGUCAUUAAAGUGGAAUUUGUUCCAUCGCUUCAGAAUUCAACAAGUCCAGAAUUUAUUACCCUAGCCACAAAGAUAGAAGCUGAGAUUAACAUAGUCUACAAUGGAAAGUAUGGGGAUCUUUUCAUCAAGACCAAUGUGGUUGCUUUCACAUCCAUUUCCAAAACCAAGGCAGAUGUACAGGCGGAUGUACAGGUAGAUGUUAAGUUAGUGUUUAAUGAAACAUCAACGGAACCCAUCCCCAGCAGCAAUGCCAUUGUGGAGACUCUGAAAGAAGCAGUUACAGCUCAAAACUCAACCUUUAACCUGGCAGUUGAUACCAACACUAUUACUGUCGUUACCACAACUACAGCCAAACCAACCACCACACAAACAACAACGACAAUAACGCCCACCACCACAACCACGCUACCAGCAUAUCCUCAGCCAACAGUAGCCUUACAGGUUGUCAUUAAAGUGGAAUUUGUUUUAGACCAACAAAGUCCAGAAUUUAAGAACCUAGCCGCAAAGAUAGAGGCUGAGUUUGAUGUAGUCUACAAAACAAAGUAUGGGGAUCUUUUCAUCAAGACCAUCGUGCUUGCUUUCAUAUCUGUUUCCAAAACCCGGGCAGAACAAAGGGUACAGGCAGAUGUUAAGUUAGUGUUUAAUGAAAAGUCAACUGAAACCAUCCCCAGCAGCACUGCCAUUGUGAAGACUCUGAAAGAAGCAGUUACAGCUCAAAAGUCAACCUUCAACCUGGCAGUUGAUACCAAAACUAUUAUUGUCAUUAAGUCACCACAGACAAGUCCAGUGAUAAUCCUGACUGAAGGAACCUUUGUGACUGCUCUUUCAAAUAAAAGUUCACCUGAAUUUCAGAACAAGGCAACGAUGAUAAAAACAGGGCUUGAACCCUUUUUCUUCGCUGAAUACCCUGGAUUCAGUAGCUUAACCAUAACAAACUUCAGUGAUGCAGGUGUAAGAACAAAGAGUGUGCCCAUGAUCCGAAACUCCAUAGAUCUUACAUUUACAGCGGAGGCCAUUCUACCCAAUAGCAACCAGAUAGUGAACACUAUAGUUCGAGCAGCCAAAAACAACUCGUUAACUUUCCAGAUCUUCACGUCUGAAAUUGUGAUAAAUAGUACAGCAGUUUCAUCAGCAGAAGUCAGCAGCAAGAUCAGUGUGUUGACCGCUUUAGUCCUGGUUACUGUGUCACUUCUGGUCCCGGGGUUUGAUUGACCAUAACUACACAUCCCAACAUUACUGAUUCAGACAGGUCUGAAUGUCUCCUUGCACUUCUGCUCAAGUGAAGGACUCAUACAUAAAGCUACCGAUGCUACUUAAUGUGUAGUAAUGAAUGUACUAUUUUACAUAACUCUAUUCUGAAAACUACAAACUUAAGCUAUAAUGUAUUCCAUUUCAGUUAUGGAUCUGUGUGUUCCUACAUGUUUUUAUAGAUUUAGAUCAGAACCCAGCAUUGUGCACUUUUAUAAACAUGUAAAUUCAUUACAUUGGUUUGUAAACUCUAAAGUUUGCUGAAAUGCACAUUAUCUCUGGGAUCAUAAAUUGGAUAACACAAGUUCCACAACUACCUGUGAUUUAUAUAUAUAUAUAUAUAUAUAUAUAUAUAUAUAUAUAUAUAUAAUGUUUCUGGGUUUCACACACAGACAUUUAUCUCAUGUACACAUACUUUGCAGUUCUUCUGAAAUGCAACAUAACCACUCUUUUGAAAGCGAGCAUAAGCCAUGUAAUAGAAAAUCUGGGUCUCUUUUAUGCAGGCUGACUUCGAAGAGUGUGGAAAAGAGCUUUGAUGAGCAAAAGGAUGAAGUAUUUCAAUGAUUAUGAAACUUGUAAAACAACUUGGAAGAAUGAUAAAUAUUUACAGGAUGUGACAUCAGAAACAUAUGGUGGAAAAAAGUACAGAUAAGAUGGUCUGAUAAUAUUACAUAAAAACCUGUACAAAACAAUACUUUGCCGCAGUUGGUUUUCCUCAUCUUCUAAGCAUCAUUCUUAGUUUGUUAGCUGCAUAAUAUUUAACAGGCAUGGUUAAUGCAAAAUUAUCUGUAUCAUACCAGUAUUUUCUAAAUUAUUUAACUAAAAUGUAUAUCCAAUAUUUCUGAUGUUAAUGUAAUGCAAACCUCUUUUCUGGGGUCUUUUCUGUGAAUUCAUGAGAAAUGUAUUGACUGUUAUAUUGUUCACGCUGGAUGUGGUAAUUAUUUUUCUAUAACAGUUAUGUAUGUAGUAAUAUUUAUCACUUUUCUUAGGACAUGCUAAUUAACUGUGGUGACAACUAUGAUUUUAAUGGUGAUAAUAAUAAUAAUAAUAAUAAUAAAAAAAAAGAUUCUAA